UUGAUUUGUUCUUCAUUUUCCUUCUUGUCGAUAAUUGUGUGUGAAUCAAGACGCUCAGAAAGCCGCCGCCACGUUGACGUCGACGGUUGUUGA